AUGGCUUCCACUCUGCAGCCCAGAGAGUGCACAGUGAGCAAGCAGCCCCAGCAGAAGUUCGGGUUCUUCCUGCGGGUUGAGCAGGACACGGCCGGACACCUCAUCCGCAACGUGGAGCGCGGCAGCCCGGCCGACAGGGCUGGCCUGCGGGAUGGAGACAGGGUGCUCAGGGUGAACGGCGCCUUCGUGGACAAGGAGGAGCAUGCACAGGUGGCGGAGAUGGUCAGGAACAGCGGGAAUUCCGUGGUGCUCCUCGUCCUGGAUGAUGCAUCCUAUGAAAAGGCACAAAAGGAGGGAGUGAACUUGGAAGGGCUGGGUCAAAAGGCAUCCACAGGCCAACAGCAGGAGCAGCAGUGCCCACCAUCCACGGCCACUGCAGCUCCACAGCCCCGGCUCUGCUACCUGGUGAAGGAGGAGACAGGCUACGGCUUCUCCCUGAAAAGCACAGAAGGACAGAAGGGGCUGUUCAUAGUAGAGCUUUCAUCACAAGGAGCAGCUGCAAAGGCUGGUGUCCAAAAUAACGAUCGCCUGAUUGAAAUCAAUGGGAAAAAUGUGGAAAAUGACACCCACGAGGAAGUGGUGGAAAAGGUAAAGAAGUCUGAAAAUCAUGUUAUGUUUCUACUUUCAAAUGAAGAAACAGACCGCUAUUUCACAAGCCAGAGGAUGGCACUGAGCAAAGAGAGCGCCAGCCUAAGGUUGCUUCCCCUCAAACCACGACUUAUUGAGAUCCAGAAAGGAAAAAGCGGUUAUGGAUUCUAUCUACGGCUGGAACAAAAUACUGGUGACCACGUAAUCAAAGAUGUUAGUUCUGGAAGCCCAGCAGCCAUGGCAGGUCUGAAGGACAAUGACAUCCUGGUGGCUGUCAACGGCGAGCGAGUGGACGGGCUGGAUCACGAAAGCGUGGUGGGAAAAAUAAAGCAGUCUGAGGAAAGAACCUCCCUGCUGGUGGUGGAUAAGGAAACUGACAGCAUGUACAAACUGGCUCAAAUUUCCCCUUUCUUGUACUACUACAAAGCACAGGAUUCAACCCCGGCUAAAAUGGAGGAAAGAGUGGAGUUGCACACUGAGCAGAAAGUGAACCACAAGCCAAGGAUCUGCAAGAUGGUGAAAGGACCUAAUGGAUUUGGCUUCAGUUUAAACAUGAUCAAGAACAAACCUGGAUUGUUCAUCACUGAGGUACAAAGCCAGGGAGCAGCUGGCAGAGCAGGUGUGGAAAACAACGAUUUCCUGGUGGAAGUGAACGGAGUGAAUGUGACCAAGGAAUCCUAUGACAAGGUGGUGGCAAGGAUCCAGAGCACUGGGGACAGACUGACACUGCUGGUGUGCAGCAAAGAUGCUUACAGGUACUUCCAAGGCCAAAACAUUCCCAUCACAGCCUCCAUGGCAGAGUCAGACACUCCUGAGCCUCCUGCUCACACAGAAAACCAUCCAGCAGAGCCAGAGAGGAACUCACCUGAGCCAAGGGAAAGGGCAGACUCAUCCUCCUCCUCCUCCCAAUCAGCAGCCUCCACAAGAGCUGACAGCGACAACAGUGAUGACACAAAGUUGUGAAGAGACAAAACUAUGCCAAGAACAACAAAAAAGAAACCUGCCAAAU